CAUGUGGUUGUUAUGUUUUAGUGUACGUCUGUAUGAGUAGUAAUGCAUCUCCUACAAACAGCGCACAUUUCCGGUGGCAGGAACUGAACGACACAUCUCUGCACUUAAACGAUGGCGUCAAAAUCAAGUUCAAGCAGGUUCCAGCUGAUGACGAUGCUGAUCAGCCUGUUUCUGAUGAUGGGGAUAGCUCUAUACACUGUGUUGUACCAAGGAACAAGUAUGUUGAACUUGAAGCCUCAUAUACGUGCGAUAGGGAGUAUGUUUAUAGCACCGCCCCCUCCUAAACCGAAACCAGUGAUUCAAGUCACCUAUUAUAACAGACCAGCGUGGAUAAGCCAACACGUGUUCGACACGUGUAAGGAUCGGUGCGAAAUGAUUUCGUCAUCAAGAUAUAAGAACAGUGACGUAGUUGUGUUCCAUGCUCCUACUCUAUAUCUUGGUACACCUUUGAAGAAAUACAGGGGUCAAACUUGGGUUUUUCAUGAUAUGGAACCGCCGUCUUUAGUUCCGAAUUUCAAAAGAUGGAAACGGUUAUUCAACUGGACACUAAGCUACAGACGAGAUGCCGAUAUCUUUAAUCCAUAUAGUACUUUUACACGGAGAACAGACGCAGAGAAAAACGAUAUACAUAAAAUUGAUUGGAACAAUAAAACUAGGAAUAUUGGAUGGAUAGUUUCACAUUGUGGAGUUGCAAGUCAAAGACUCAAAUACGGAGAAAAACUUAAACAAACUAUUGAUGUUGAUGCAUUUGGUCGAUGUGGGAAGCUUCACUGCCCAAGAGGCCAAUGGCAAGAGUGUCUCGGAAAGUAUAAAUUCUAUGCAUCGUUUGAAAAUUCUCUAUGCACAGACUACAUAACGGAAAAGAGCUUCCGGGUAUUCGAACGGAACGUAGAUUCAAUACCUGUUACCCGUGGUGCUCCUGACUAUUCUAUGUUCCUCCCCCCGGGAUCUUUCGUAAACACUAGAAACUUCUCAUCAACAAGCAAUUUAGGUAAUUUUUUGAAAAGAUUGUCAGAUGACAAACCUACGGUCAUGAAAUAUUUCAAGUGGCGUCGGUACUACAAGGCUAAUGAUCAGAUAGACAGUAAGAUGGGUUUUUGUGAGUUAUGUAGGAGAUUACAUAAUCCUUCACUGAAAUAUAAACGACUGUAUGAGCAUAUUGAUGAGUGGGUAAGACAGGAAGCAUUACCUCGGCGUUCGUGUAUACCUGUAGCAGACUUAAUAUAAAAUUUAAUGAGAAAGCGAUAUUGCACUGUAGCGGAAUACAAUAUAAAAAAACACAAUCCUGUUACCACAAAUUGUCGUUGCAAGUUACUUAAAGUCAUGUUUAUCGUUAUGUUGCGCAAGGCUGGGUACGAUAUCCUGUAUGACUGGUAUUACAGUUGCGGCUGGGUUAUAGUUGAGGCGGGGUUAAAGUUUAGGCGGACCUGUAGCUAGGGCGGGGUUAUAAUUAGACAAACAUUACAAUUGGACAGGUGUUAAGGUUGGACAGGUGUUAAAGUUGGGAUGGACCGGGAUCUGGGGCGGGGCUAUGAUGGGCAGAUAUUACAGUUGGGCUGAAGUUGAAGUUGGAUCGUUGUUAUAUAGAGAGGUUCCCCGUGCAAAUGGGUUAGGUUUUGGACGGAGUGAAGUAUGGGGAGAGGUUAACUUUGGGGCGGGUUGGAAGUUUGGUCGGCGCUAGUGCUAGGGUGGGGCUUUAGUUGGGCAAAUAUUACAGUAUGACCAUGCUUAUAGUUGGACAGGUGUUAUUUGUGGGUCAGUGUUACACUUGCAGCGGGUUGGGUUAAUAUGGGGGCGGGGCUAGAGUUAAUAAUAAUAAUAAUUUACGACAUUUAUAUAACGGCCUUUGAACAUUACAAUACUCGAAGGCGCUUUAUAACACAUAUAUAAUAGUAUUCCUACAGUGACUGGUAUAAAUAUAGAAGGUAAAAACUUAUGCAAAUCACCAUUUUACACAAUGCAACAAUAUGUAUUUCCAUAUGCACAUAUAUUUAUAUAAGGUGGUAAGUACAUGACGUUCGCGCAAAAAAGACUACAUGUAAAAUGCAGCCGUAAAAAGGUCGGGUUUUUUUUUCGUGAAUUUAGCCAGAGGUUUUGACUUCCUGAAAGCAGAUGGUAAGCUAUUUCAUAACAUGGCCAUAACCCUUCCAAAACACCGGUUUCCACAAGUCACACAGUACGAGAUUGUGGGACCACAACAAUGAUUCUGUCUCUGACCUCAGUGUUUGUGACGGCUGAUACAGGGCGACAAGCUCCGAUAAGUAUUGGGGAGCUGUUCCAUUCAGUGCCUUGUAUGCGUACACCAACAUUGUGUAACUUGUGAUAUGGAUAUAGCACUGUGUUAUGUGCCCUCUCUUUCGAGUACGAGUAACCAGACGUGCUGCGGUGUCCUGGAUCCUCUAUAAACGACCAGUUAAUUUGUCAGAUAUAUCACAGAGCAGGGCAUUACCAUAGUCCAACAGAGAAGUAACAAGUGCACGCACCAAAGUCUUGCAUGCAUCUGCAGUUAUAAACUUACGGAUACAACCGAUGUUCUUCAUCGAUUUUGCAAUAGUGUUUUCUCCAUGUUCACUGAACUAUCAAAGUAUAUCCCUUAGUUUUAAAACAGAUGGACCAGUUUCAAUAGUUCUCGCAUCGUCCCUGAUAUGGAGAGCCAUUGUUUGAUGUCACUUCGGGGAAAGUCUUUUUGAGAAGGAUAGCUAAUGAAGGAUGAUAAAACCUUUAAAAAAAAUGCUGUCUGUGGUCCUAACCACAUUCUGCGAGUCUUUCCGUAUUAUAAGCCUUUUUGCAUUGAAUGAGAAGUGAACUUAUUAGCUGGUAUUGUUCCCUAUAAAUCUGAUGGUGAACGGUGAAUUAAGUACAUUUGUACUUCGCCACCGUCUCUCCGCCUUUCUGCAGUUUUGUUUUUCCAUUUGGAUAUUUUCAUUUUACCACUGGGCAUACAUGUAUCACCUUAGACUGCAGAUAUGCAUAUUCUUUAUCAGAGAUACUAUAACAGAUAUGUAUGCUUCAACAAGAUCAUCAACUUCAUCUUCAGGAGACUGAAGGGCACAAGAAGACUGAAUAUCAUUGAUGAAAUAUGGUAUGGAAAUCUGUACAAAUAUCGCUUUUGUGUUUGGUGAUGCCAUGUCGUUUAUUAACUAGUUUUAAUUGAAAUAGGGUUUCUGCAUUUUAUUUUAAGAGUUGAUUCCACAAGUUGUGAAAACCUGUACCAUAUUAAUUGUUAAAUAAUUUAUUAUUGUAAUAAAUGUGCUUUAUCAAAAUUAUUAUAUCUUUCAUUACAUAAUAUUACAAUUUCUUGAUGUGUUGUUUAAAUGACGACAAAACGUGUGCCAUACAGAUGGUAAAGUAGAUAAUUUUUGCGAUAAUUGUGCUUAGAUGCAAUUAUUUUUGCUAAAAGGUGAACAUUUUGUGUAAAAUGAAAGCGUUAACUAAGGUAUGGACAAAACCGCAAUUUAAACUCGCAAUUGGGUGAUUGAGUAAAGAAAAUGGCAAUUUUACCACUGUUAAACGAAAACUUACUAAAUACUGUAUAGCAAUAACUUGUUACAUUCUAAAUAGACUUCUUCUCUGAAUUAUAUCAAUAUUUUAGAUUACGCUAUAUUAGCGUAUAACUAUGUCAAUUUUUCUUGUUUGCUAUAUUAGCAUGUAUGUAAGAUAUGUCUAAACACAAGGCUAAAUCUGCUAAGGUU